UCCGUUGAUUUGGUCCUGGUAGAUGGGGGGAGCUGUACCAACCGGUAGCUGUGUUCGAUUCGUCGAAUUUCGGUUUGGGGUUCAGCUUGCCGCGGGGUAGUCUGGUGCUUUAGGGUUUUGAUAGGCGAUGGCGCGACGUCUUGGGGAUUCGCUUCUCCUGAUUCAGGGGUUUGGGUUUUCGUGAAUUUGAAGUUCGGGGGAUGGCGAUUCAGUAGGGGGUAUGCGGUUUUUGGUGCUUCGGGGGCUCACUGGAUUCAGAGGCUUGAGAUCCUUGCUUGCUCUCAUCCGUGGGUCUGAUUUUGGGGUGGUUUUGUUUUCUCCGCUCGGAGAACUCGGGUUGCUUUGGUUUCUCUUGUUCCUUCGUUUUCGGCGGAACCGUGCUUUGUUCGGCGUAGGAGCGGGAAAUUUCGAGCUAAUUCUCUCAGUUGACUCAAAAACUUGUGGGUUUUUAGCUUGCGGAGACGAUCUGGGUAUUUAUGUGAGUAACUUUAGGGGGGUUCUUCCCUGAAAUUUCAUGAUACUAGUUACGGAAAUUGUCUUUUGGGUAGUAAGUUGGGGGUGAUUUGUUGGGAAUGAUUAUCCUGGCAUGAAAUUACCAAAUUUUAUAGUCUCGUGUUGGUCUCACAUCAUCUCACCUUGUUACCGAGUAUUUCAUGGAAUUUGCGGGGUAUUGUCUGCCUUUUGGUUUUAUAGUGUUCUGCUACAGAUCUAGCUAGUAUCUAUUGUCUGUCUAGUAUGUAGCACAUAUGAUCUUGUAAGUACACCUAGCUGUCCCGUUGCUUACAUAAAUGCAAAGUUACAUGCAGUCUUUGAUACCCUUCUAUCUGUCACAACAAAAACACUAAUAAACCUAUGCCUAAUGUGUCAAGGGUUGUGCAUUUCCUGCGUGUUCAAAGAAAUUUAGUGUACUAAUUGAGCCGUUUUGCAGUUACCGCUUUUAGCUCGUAAAAGUUGACAGUUUUUGCGUAUGCAGCAGGAGGCUUGCAGAAAGAUGUGAUAGAAGAGUAGAAACUGUGUGAAAAAGCUAGAUGUUUAAAGGCAGUGGCUGUCUGGUAGUCAAGAUGCCUGCACUGAGAAUGAAGAGGAUGCUCGAAGAUACUGAUUUUGCUAACGAGUUCAGCACCAAGUCCAUUAAAUCCAUGAAAAUUUCGCAUUUUCAUGUCAGUGGGUUAGAGCAGUCUGCUGUGCUAAACUCGUCAGAUAAAGUUCCUCCAGAUGAGUCGGAUCCAACUAUUCAGCUUGGUGACCAGGAUAGGAUAAUGGAAGCUUCUGGCUUGCAUGAUCUGCAUGGAGGGAAAUCCAUUGGUGUGCUCAAGGAUUUAACAUCUGGGGUGGUAGUUUCACCAAAUACGGAGACUGAUUCCUCUGCUAAUUAUGAUGACAAUGAGUCUCUGCUACAUGUAAUAAAUUAUGUAAACAAAGAGUUUGCAGAUGAAGGUGUAGAUUAUUCAGCCCAGAAUUUCUGUGCUGUUAGUGAUCAUGAGGCAAGCUGGGGUCCAAAUCAGUGUUGCAACCUGCUGGAUAUUUGCAGUCCAGAUGAUGAUUUCCGUUUCUUGUUGGAUAAUCCAACCAAUCUUCUUCCUAGUUAUACUGGAUUUUGUGACGAAUUUGUAUUGGUUGAUGCAUUGAUGAACGUAAGCAGCAGAUGUGGUGCAUUUCCACUUAUUGAGAGCCCCUCAGAAGCCAGUAUUGAUAAUAAGCCAUGCUCAUCUGAGGUGGAUUUGUGCUUUAGUAAUUCUGAGGUGUUAGAGUGGCUUAACCCACACCUAUCCGAGGAGGAUUUACCAGAUCUUGUUGAUUUUGCUGAGUUGACUUCAAAUGAUGUUCCUGCAAUAAAAGAGCAAGGGACCAGGAAGGUCACUCUUGUACUUGAUUUGGAUGAAACCCUUGUUCAUUCAACUAUGGAGCAAUGUGAUGAUGCUGAUUUCACUUUUCCUGUGUUCUAUGAUAUGAAAGAGCAUGUGGUGUAUGUGAAAAAGAGACCACAUGUCCAUAUGUUCCUCCAAAAGAUGGCUAAGAUGUUUGAGGUAGUGAUAUUCACAGCCAGCCAAAGUGUUUACGCAAACCAGUUGCUUGACAUGCUGGAUCCGGAGAACAAACUUUUCUCCAAGCGAUUUUUCCGAGAAUCAUGUCUAUUCACAGACAGUGGCUACACAAAAGAUCUGACUGUUGUUGGAGUUGACCUUGCGAAGGUUGCCAUAAUUGACAACACUCCACAGGUUUUCCAGCUCCAGGUGAACAAUGGUAUACCAAUAGAGAGUUGGUACAACAACCCCGCAGAUGAGGCUUUACCUGAGUUGAUCCCUUUCCUGGAGAUCCUUGCUGCCGCGGAUGACGUCCGGCCUAUCAUUGCCAAGAAGUUUGGCAACACUAUAGAUAGUUGCUGAAGAUUUUGAAUAAGUUUUAGGGUUAGUCUUGUUUGCUCACAUAGUGGAACAAGAACCUACAUGACAUGUUAACAGGACUAGUGGGACUUGAUUUUCUCUUUACAGCAAGUUGGUUUCAUAGGAUGAAGAGUCUUAGUGUGGGGUAAUUUCUUAGAAUUGUACAUAUUCUCAAUUUUGUUUUGUUUUGUUUUGUUUUGUCUUUGUACAUAGAAUGCUACUGAAAUGAAAGACUGAGUGUAUCUCCUUGCAAAGUUCCUUC